AUGCAAGCAGCAGCCAACGCAGUCCAGGAUUAUAUGGGUCCAGUACCCAUCGAUCAAAAUGCUAAACCAGAAUACAAACAUCGUCCUGAUGGAUCAACGAUGAAAGCAUUAGCAUGGUUCGGUAACGAAGAUGUAAGAAUGGUAGAUGCCCCUAUUCCUGAUAUCUCAGAAGCGAAAGAUGUCAUCUUGAAAGUCACAGGAACCACCAUUUGUGGUUCAGAUUUACAUCUCUAUCACGCGGAGAUGCUGGGUUUGCAAAAAGGCGAUAUUUUGGGUCACGAGUUUAUGGGUGUCGUCGACAAGGUCGGCCCCGAAGUGACCUCUUUGGCACCCGGAGACAAAGUUGUCGUGUCUUUCCAAGUCGCUUGUGGUACAUGUCGAUACUGCAAGAAGAACUUUUCAUCCAUGUGUGACAGAACCAACAACUCUUCCCUCAUGGCGAGCAUGUAUGGUCAAAGAGACGCAGGAUUCUUUGGUUAUGGACACAUGACUGGAGGUGUUCCAGGAGGACAAGCUGAAUAUGUCAGAGUACCAUUUGGAGAAGUCAACUGUCUCAAAGUACCCCCUGGUGUAUCAGAUGAACAAGUCCUUUACUUGUCCGAUGUACUUCCUACUUCAUAUCAUGCCGUCGUUGACACUAGAGUAGAAGAAGGUGAUAUUGUUGGUAUUUGGGGUCUCGGUCCUAUUGGUCUUGCUUGUGUCAAAUGGGCUCUGCUCAAAGGUGCCUCUAAAGUUUACGCCAUUGAUGCUCAACCCGCUCGACUUGCCGCCGCAGCCGCACUUGGCAAUGUCGUUACCGUUGAUUUCAAGAAUGAGGAUGUAUCCAAAAAGAUCCAUGGUGAAGUACCUGGUGGUCUAGAUGUUUGUAUCGACGCCACAUCGUUCCAUGAACCCAAGACGAUGUUACACAAAGUUGAGAAAGCAUUAAUGCUCGAGACUGAUGUAUCUGAAACGCCCAAUGAAAUGAUCUGGCUCGUGAAAAAAUUUGGCAGAGUAGGUCUUAUCGGUGCUUAUUCAGGUUACACAAACCAUUUCAACAUUGGUGCAUUAAUGGAGAAGGGUGUAAGAUUUAUCGGAAAUGGUCAAGCUCCAGUCCACCUCUAUUGGCAUGAAAUCUUGAACGACUAUAUCCUUACUGGUAAAUUCGAUGUGAGGAUGUUAGUUUCUCACAGAGUUGCUAUUGAAGAUUUCCCUAAAUUAUAUAACAAAUUCGAUAAGAGAUUUGCUGGUGUAGAGAAAGUCUUCGUUCAAACUAAAUUCAGCGAACCUCCUGGACAAGGUUUCCCUCAAUUGACCAAAGUUGACGACUGGGCCAAUAAAGUUCUUUAA